UCCUGAAAUUGUUAAACCAAUUCAUGCAAGGUAAAAAAUGGAUUGCUUGUCAAACAGCAGUAAGCGACUUCCAGACAAUAUUACAAACAGUGGGAGGGUGUAAAGAAAAAGAAAGAGCAACUCACAUGCUUGAGCACAUUACAAUAGUCAGUGAUACACUUUCAGAAAGGGCGUUUAAAUUAAAAUGUAGCGGCAAGCUCAAGCAACGUGCUAAGGUUAUAUUUGGUACGGGUGACUACCAUCAAGCUAUAACCGUCACUGCAAAUGCAGGUUUUGUCCGUGCUGCUGAAAAUCAGGGGGUGUCAUUUGCUGUAUUCCUUCAUGGCUCCAGAGCAUUGACUGAGCAGAAAGAGAUAUCAGCCAUUCAUUUAGAGGGUGAUGUUCAUCCCAGUGAAAGUUUGGAACACACAAAUGAUGCUUCAAUGAAUACGUGCAGUCCUUUAAUUGAUAAAGAUGUUGCCUCGUAGAGAAUUUAGUAUUGCACCAAGAACACACAAAUCCCAUCAUUUCAUCAAACCAAAAAAUCUUUGUAAAAUUGAGAAACUGUUUGUUAAUUUUUCAUACAACUGAAAUGAGAUUUUUGGGACCAGUGUGAGGUAAAAAAUAAAACAUGCAUCAUGAAUAAUAAUGACUUGAGAUGGAAGCUUAUAUACAUUUGCAAACCUAAAAAUGGCGAUUUAACAUGUAACUUUGGACUUCCACUGAUGUGUAUCUUAUAUCAGCACUGACAGCUGCUGAUAUGUAAGUACACAUACAAUUACUUUUGGGAUUGACGAAAUUGGUGAAAAACACUAUUGACAUUACAAUUGCAGAACAUGUCAUUCGAGAAAGUGCCUCCAGUCAACCUACUCACACUAGCACUGAGAUGAUGAGUUAUUAUUACUGUUUUCUGGAUCAAUAGGAACAAGUGGACACAGUUUUUCAAAUUAGGAAUAUGAAGGCCAUGUUCUCGGGGGUAUGACAAAAUUGUUAAUAGAUUGUCUGCCUAUGGUGAUCAGAAGUUCUAAUGAUCGAAACAUCUUAGAGACAUCUUAGAGAAAAGGAAAUGAUGGGCUGCAUAAUGCUACAAAAUAUGCCAUCAGUACAAAUACAAGUAGGCUUGUUAAAGUAACUGGCUGCAAAUUGGAACCUCAGUUCAGAUGGCAUGACACACUUCGGUUCAGUGACAUGACACCUCUGUCCAAAUGGCAUGACUCCUCAAUCAUGAUGGGAUGACACUUAGUUCAGAUACAGUUCUGUCACGCUUCAGUCAUUGAUGCAAUGUCGUAUUAUUUCCAGUAACCUUGCAAG